AUGCCCGUCGAAAUAGCGCUCAACACGCCGCUGGCGGAUGCCUUAACAAGUGCCAUCCAGCCCAAGCUGGUUGAGGUCGGCUGGGGCACGGGCGGCGCCGAUGAUUCAGCUCUCGCCGAGUACAUUAUUUUGAUGUUGGUCAACGGCAAGACUCAGGAGGAAAUCGCAGCAGAGCUGGCGGGAGAUCUACUGAGCCUUGGCCCCGACGACCCCAACGCGCUUGAAUUUGCGAAAUGGCUGUUUGAGCAGAUUGCUGUCCUCAAUGGGCAGAGCGCACAGAAUGGCGAUGCCGAUGCGAUGUCAUCAACAUCACCAGGAGAUGAUCAAGACAUGGACAUGACCAUGGCUUCGGAAGGAGCCGUCCAAGUCUCUGCUCCUACUGGUCCCAAGGCGAUGCGAAAUGGAAACAUGAACAUUCGGGGAAAUGCCAACCGAGACAGGAGGAUGAUGGGCCAGAUAAACCGCGCGAUGGACAGGACACAAGAAAGCGUGCUCCAUCGCACACGCGGCAACGACAGGAUCAACAGCCAUGCCCGCGGGCCACCCAGCGGACCGCGGGGUGGCAUGGCCGGCGGUAUGCGACAACAGCGCGGUGGAAUGAACCCCAGGGCGGCGAGCAUUGCGCACGGAAUGGCUGCAGCAAUGGGCGGAGGCAUGCAACAAGGAGGAGGGCCUGGUAUGAAUGGUGGCAUGGCAGGCAUGAACAAUGGAUGGAUGCCCCCACAAGGCCAGGAUCUCCAGAUGGGGCUCUUCCAGAUGUUGGAGCAGCAAAACCAGAUGAUGGCUCACUUGCAACAACAGCUGAACCAGCAAAGCAUGAUGCAGUCACGUGGAGGGUACAACCAGCGCGGUGGGCGUGGCGGCAAGCCUCUGUCUGAGCGGGUGCAACAUCAAAACAAGCACAAUAACAACAACGUCCGCCAAGGACAAACGGACCAGAACGGUGGCGAGCAAAAAGCCUCGGAAAAUUCGCAAAACGGCAGCGUCGGGGGCGAAGAUACCGAGAUGGGCCAAGCCAAGCGGGACCCCAAGGAGACGGUAUGCAAGUUCAACCGCAACUGCUCUAACAAGGAUUGCAAGUUUGCACACCAGUCCCCAGCGGCGCCGCCAGGGAUCACAGUCGACGUGACGGACGUGUGCACGUACGGAGCGGCCUGCAAAAACCACAAGUGUGUCGGCUCACACCCGUCACCGGCCACCAGGACGGCGCACAACCAACAGCAGGACUGCAAGUUCUUUCCCAACUGCACGAACCCGCACUGCACCUUCAGGCAUCCUAGCAUGCCACCCUGUCGAAACGGUGGCGACUGCUCCGUCGAGGGCUGCAAGUUUACGCAUGUAAAGACUAUGUGCAAAUUCCGCCCAUGCACGAACCGCUACUGCCCUUUCAAGCACGAGGAGGGCCAGCGCGGCACGUUCCAGGACAAGGUCUGGGUCGCUGGUGGAGAACACGUCAGCGAGAGGAAGUUUGUGGACGAGUCGGGUCCGGUCGAAGAUAUACUGCAGGGCUCUGGUGGCGACUCGGAGAUGGGGGCCACAGAGCGGGAGGCUGUUGCUAGCUAA